AUGCCGCUUUUCGUGACGGAGGAGGAGUUUGAAAGGUGUUCGCACGACGCGUCUCUGGUGGCUGAGAGGGCCGAUGCAUUCAUUAGAGAACUCUACAGCCAACUCGAGACCGUCAAGGCUCAGGCAGAUGCGGCCUCCAUCACCGCCGAGCAGACCUGCUCUCUCCUCGAGCAGAAGUACGUCUCCCUCUCCUCCGAAUUCUCCAACCUCCAAUCCCAACACUCGCAACUCAACUCGACCCUCGACCAACGUCUCUCCGAGCUCGCUCAACUUCAAUCAGACAAGCAUCAACUCCAUCUCCAAUCCAUGGGGAAAGAUGGAGAGGUGGAGCGGUUGUCCACGGAAGCUUCAGAGCUUCAUAAAUCCAAGAGGCAAUUGAUCGAAUUGUUGGAACAGAAGGAUUUAGAGAUUAGUGAGAAAAACGCUACCAUCAAGAGCUACCUUGACAAGAUUGUUAACUUGACUGAUAGCUCUUCUUUGAGAGAGGCACGACUGAGCAAUGUUGAGUCAGAGUUGGCACGUUGUCAUGCUUCCUGUGCCCGUCUUUCCCAGGAGAAAGAACUCAUUGAGAGGCAUAAUGUUUGGCUUAAUGACGAGCUAACAGCCAAAGUUAACAGUCUCAUUGAGCUGCGUAAAAACCACAGUGAACUUGAGGCAGAUAUGUCUGCCAAGCUUGUAGAUGUUGAAAGGAAGCUCGAUGAAAGUUCUAGUUCUUUGAAAUGGAACAAAGAUAGAGUAAGGGAGUUGGAGUUGAAGCUAACAUCUUUACAGGAGGAGUUCUGCUCAUCUAAGGAUGCAGCUGCAGUCACUGAAGAGCACUUUUCUGCCGAAAUCUCAACGGUAACGAAGCUCGUUGAGCUAUAUAAAGAGAGUUCGGAUGAAUGGUCUAAAAAGGCAGGAGAGCUUGAGGGUGUGAUCAAGGCAUUGGAGACACAUUUGAGUCAAGUUGAAAAUGAUUAUAAAGAGAGGCUCGAAAAGGAAAUAUCUGCAAGAAAGGGAAUUGAAAAGGAAGCCGCAGGCUUGAAAGAGAAACUGGGAAAAUGUGAAGCAGAGUUGGAAAGUAGUAGAAAAGCUAUAGAACUGAAUCCUCUUCCUCUGAGUAGCUUCACUACAGAAACUUGGCUGGGCUCAGCAGGGGCAGAUGAUAUUGAAGAUAAUCGCCUUAUUGCCCCCAAUAUUCCAAUUGGUGUUUCUGGAACUGCGUUAGCAGCUUCGCUCCUUCGGGAUGGUUGGAGUCUAGGUAAAAUGUACGCCAAGUACCAAGAAGCUGUAGAUGCGCUGCGCCAUGAGCAAUUGGGAAGAAAGCAAUCCCAAACAAUUUUGGAGAGGGUCCUAUAUGAGAUAGAAGAGAAAGCUGGAGUCAUCUUGGACGAGCGAGCGGAACAUGAGAAAUUGGUCGAGGCAUACUCGGUGGUUAACCAAAAACUGCAAUAUUUUCUUUCCGAACAGGAUACUUGGCAGAAAACCAUCCAGGAAUUACAGGCUGGCUUGAGGAGGCAUGAACGUGACUAUAAUGCAGCUCAAAAGGAGAUUGAUGACCUCCAGAAACAGGUUACGGUUCUCCUCAAGGAGUGCCGUGACAUGCAACUACGCUGUGGUUCGGCAAGUCAUGAUCAGGGGAACAAUGGUAUGACCACUUCUGUCGUUGUGUUGAAUGCUGAGUCCAGUGCUGAAAAAGUUAUUUCCGAGCGGCUGUUGACCUUUAAGGAUAUAAAUGGAUUAGUUGAGCAGAAUGUUCAGCUUCGAAGCCUUGUACGCAGCCUUUCUAGUCAGAUUGAGAAUAAAGAAAUGGAGUUGAAGGAGAAGUUUGAACAGGAGCUCCAAAUAUAUAGGGAUGAUGCGGCCUCUAAAGUCAAUGCAGUAUUAUCGAGAGCAGAAGAGCAAGGCCAUAUGAUUGAAUCACUUCAUUCAUCUGUGGCAAUGUACAAAAAGUUAUAUGAAGAGAAGCAUAAACUUCAUUCUUCCUCCUCUCUCCAACAAGAUGCAGUUCCAGAUGAUAGGAGGAAGGACAUCAUGCUUCUGCUCGAAGGUUCUCAGGAAGCUACAAGAAAAACCCAGGAACAGGCCCUAGAGCGUGUGAAAUGUCUUGAAGAAGAAAUGGCAAAAUCAAGAAGUGAGAUGAAAUCCUUGCGAUCAGAGCGUGACAAGUUGGCACUGGAAGCGAAUUUUGCGCAAGAAAAACUUGUUAGAUUCAUGAAAGAAUUCGAACAUCAGAGAGACGAAACCAAUGCCGUCAUAGCAAGAAAUGUUGAAUUCUCACAGUUAGUAGUUGACUACCAGCAAAAGCUGCGUGGAGGUUCUGAUUCUUUGCAAGCUGCAGAGGAGCUUUCACGAAAGUUGACUAUGGAGGUCUCUGUUUUAAAGCAUGAAAAGGAGCUGUUGCGAAAUUCUGAAAAGAGAGCUUGCGACGAAGUUUGUAGUUUAUCAGAGAGGGUUCAUCGUUUGCAGGCUAGUUUGGACACUAUUCAGAGUGCUGAGGAAGUUCGUGAGGAGGCCAGAGGCAUAGAAAGGAGAAAACAGGAGGAGUAUAUUAAAAAAAUUGAGAGAGAGUGGGCGGAGGCUAAGAAAGAGCUCAUAGAAGAGCGUGAUAAUGUUCGUACUCUCACACGUGAGCGAGAAAAUGCUAUGAUGAAUGCCAUGAGACAAGUUGAAGGAAUGGGAAAAGAAUUAGCUAAUGCUUUGCAUGCUGUAGCUGCGGCUGAGGCUAGAGCUGCUGUUGCUGAGGAUCGGUGUUCUGAUUUGGAGAAGAAAAUCAGAUUUUCAGAAACCAAGGUCUCUGAGAAAGAGGGUGAACUUGUACCUUCCUCCUCUUCAUUUGAUGAGGUUUUUGUGGACCUGCAUACCGCCAAAGAAGAGAUUCAAAGACUGAGAGAGGAAGCACAAGUUAAUAAGGAUCACAUGUUGCAGUAUAAAAGCAUAACACAGGUGAAUGAAGCUGCAUUGAAAGAGAUGGAAGUUGCUCAUGAAAACUUCAAAGUUGAGGCGGAUAAAGUGAAGAAAUCUCUUGGAGCAGAAGUGUCAUCGCUCCAAGAGCAGGUUAUUCAACUUGAAGUUGAGUGUAGUUUGAAGAACAACGAAGCUGCAUCUGCAGCUGCAAGGCAAGAAGAGGCUUUAGCUUCUGCUUUUUCAGAAAUUGCCCGUCUAAGGGAAGAAACUGCUGUUAAAAUGUCCCAAAUUGUGGUGAUGGAAACACAAAUUUCUGCUUUGAAAGAUGAUUUGGAGACAGAGCAUCAAAGAUGGCGUACCUCUCAAGCCAAUUAUGAAAGACAGGUUAUACUACAGUCGGAGACAAUCCAAGAGUUGACAAAAACAUCGCAAGCGUUGGCUUCGCUGCAGGAGGAAGCAUCUAAGCUUCGUAAAUCAGCGGACACUCUGAAAAUUCAAAAUGAUGAACUAAAGGUCAACUUUGAAGCUGAGAAAUUCAUGCUUGAAGAAUCAAAGAAUAAAGCAGAGAACAAGUAUAAGGAUAUUAACGAGCAGAACUUGAUAUUGCACAGUCGGCUGGAGGCUCUUCACAUCAAAUUGGCUGAGAAGGACCGUGGUUCUUCUGGAAUUUUUGGUCAAGAUUCAAUACAUGACGCUGGAUUACAAAACGUUGUAAACUAUCUCCGGCGGUCGAAGGAAAUUGCAGAGACAGAGAUUUGUUUGUUAAAACAGGAAAAGCUUCGGUUGCAAUCACAGCUUGAGAAUGCUUUUAAGGCUGCAGAGAUAGCCCAAGCAUCACUUCAUGCCGAGCGAGCAAAUUCGAGAACAUUGUUGUUCACAGAGGAAGAGUUCAAAAGUCUACAACUUCAGGAUUCUAAGAAACAUGGAAACUACUAG